AUGACCAUUAAAACGGUGAUUUUCGACAUGGGUGGCGUCCUGAUCCCGGCGCCUAUGGAUUUGUGGCAAGGUAAUUUUUUCCAGUUCCAAGCAUAUUUUAAAGUAAGAAAUUAGAGAAACUCAACUUGAAAAAAGAAAUUUAUAAGCUUGAAAAUUUGAGAGCGCGUCUAGAAAUAUCCUAAUUGGCGUUCAGAUUUCCUAGACGAAGGAGGAUUCUCAGAAAGUAUUUUAAUUACUGUUUAUGUAACCUUUUAGAGAUUUGCUAUGAUUCUUAGUGUCUUCUAGGGCUGUUUUCAUGUACUUUUUCCACUUAUAAAAUAAAUUAUAGUCUUCGAACAAGAGCGGAAUUUGAAAGCCGGCUCGAUCGUAGAGACUAUCCUCUCCCCAGAUGGCCUUCCUCACUUCGCAGCCUUCGAGAAAGGCCAAAUUUCCUCGGAAGAUUUCGAACCAAUCUUCUCCCACAUAUACAACCUGCAGGUGAGCGGAGGGGAUGUGUCCUCGCGGCGCCGCGGCGUCUCUCACCGGCCGAAUGGUCUAGUGGUAUGAUUCUCGCUUUGGGUGCGAGAGGUCCCGGGUUCAAUCCCCGGUUCGGCCCAACACUUUUUGCACUUUCGUUUUGCAGCAUGGUAGAGUUGGCGAGGUGUUGCCGAUCAUGUCGGAGCUGUUGAAUAUGGUCUCCGAAGCGGUAGUUUACCCAGAAAUGAGGCAGUUGCUCAAGGUUUGAGUAAUUUCCUUUUUCCCUACCAAAAUUGGCUUUUAGAGUCUACGUCUUUCCGGCUAUCGAUUGGUUCUGAUAACCAAUAACUUUUACGCGGAUAGAGCUCAUCUAAAACCUACAGUACCACCUGGUAUCGAUCGACUGUUUGAUGACGUCAUCGAGUCUUGUCGUAUUGGAAUUAGAAAACCUUAUCCAAGGAUUUACCAACUGGCUUGUGAUCGCAAUAAGGUGGUUUCAAAUCCUUCAAAAAGACGUUUCUUUUCAAAAAUUUCAGUCUCGUCCUGAAGAGUGCGUUUUCCUCGACGAUCUUGGCUCCAACUUGAAAACUGCAAAGAGCAUGGGAAUGCAGACUAUUAAGGUAGGCUUUAAAAAUAUUCGAAAAAAAAGAUUAUUUUAGGUGACGAGCUCGGCCCAAGCCAUCCAAGACCUACAAAAGUUGCUCAAUGUUGAUUUCAGUGCACCAGCUGACACUAGAGAGUGCAUCGAAAGUUUUUGAUUUGAAAAGUCGCUCCAUUGAUAAUGUUUUGUAGGAGAGCUCCUACCAAAGGAUAGAGUCCGUGAAGUCUUGUCUCAAACCAUCGGAUCUGAAGUUUCUGACGUCAUUGUUAGAAAAUUCCGUCAUGGGCAGUCGAAUCCAACUUACUACUUGAAAACUGGACAAAAGGAGUUUGUGUUGAGGAAGAAACCGGUAAAGUUUUUCUGAGGCCGCAUUUGGAUUGGUUAGGAUCGCGUUACGGUUCAUUUUAGGACAAACAGCUUACCUUAGGCGUAACCCGUUUCAAGUCUGGCGCGCCUUGAAAUGUUUCUUUUCCGCUUUUAGGCCAAUCCAAAUGUGAGAAUGAACAUCAGAGUUGAACAUCUUAGAAUUUCAGAAAGGUCGACUUCUUCCAAAAGCUCAUCAGAUAGACCGGGAGCAUACUAUCAUGAAAGCCUUGUAUGGAAAAGUUCCAGUCCCCCGAGUUUAUCAAUACGACGAGAAGUGAGAAAAAAUAGUCGCUAGGGGUUUUAAUUGCGCUCUAUUGAGAACCCUGGACACACCAUUCUACCUCAUGGAAUACAAACCAGGCCGUCUUUUCCUCAAUCCGGCUCUCUUUGAACUCCCGCCAGCUGGUUUGGAGAUAAAGCUUGGUCGCAGGUGGAAUGGCUCGUUUUGCGUCGGUUGCACCUAAAAGCAGCUUCCUAGCCAUUCCAAGUGCGACCAACAUCUUCUGAACAAAAUCAGUAACUUCUGAAGAAUUUCAUGGAUUUCAGAAAGAAGACGAGCUUAUGAGGAGGCCCUGAAAACUUUGGCCCAAAUUCAUGCUGUCGACUUUGAGAAAGCCGGCCUUGGAGACUACGGGAGAAAAGGUCUUUUUGAAAUGUAUCAUAAAUAAAUAAAAAAUUCAGACGGUUACAUGGAGAGGAAUCUGAAAAGGUGGCUCAACAACUAUGAGAUGGCGAAAACGGAAGAAAUCCCAGAAAUGGAACGCCUUGUAGCUUAUUUGAACCAAAAUUUGCCCAAAAACUCAUUGGCCACCAUUGUUCAUGGGGAUUUUAGGUUUUUUUUUUCCCAAGGUUUAGAAAGAAAAUAAGAAUUCAGAAUCGACAACUUGAUAUUCGAUGAGAACGAAACAAAGGUGGUGGCCGUUUUGGAUUGGGAGAUCUCGACGAUCGGCGAUCCUUAUGCAGAUUUGGCCACUUUCAUGUUCGCUCAUUACAGUCCCAGUUCUGUGAAGGUGCCUAGAAAUCUUAUAAAUUCUUGACCGCAGUUGGAAUGGCUCGAGGAGGGGGCGAAGCUUGAAAUUGAACGGCGAGUUUAAAAACUUUCUUGAGGUCUUUGAGCAACUUUGAAACUUUUUCAAGUGCUGCCAGAGCUCUCUAGAACUUAUAAAAUGACUUGACCGCAGUUGGAAUGCCUCGAGAGGGGGGGCAGGGACUUGAAAUUGAAGACGAGUUUAAAAACUUUCUCGAGGUAUUCAAGCAAUUUUGAAACUUUUCAAGUGCGGUCUGAGCUUUCUAGAACUUAUAAAAAUGUCUUGGCUGCAGUUAGAAUGGCUCGAGAGGGGGGAACUUGAAAUUGAACGGCGAGUUAAAAACCUUCUCGAGGUCUUUAGGCAACUUUGAAGCUUUUCAAGGGCGGUUAGAGCUCUCUAGAACUUAUAUAUUUCUUUGACCGCAGUUGGAAUGGCUCAAAGCGCGGGGGGAGGUUGAGGGGGACUUGAAAAUGAGCAACUUUGAAACGUUUUUGAAUUAUUUCGAGUGCUGCCAGAGCUUUCUAGAGCUUAUAAAAUGUCUUGACCGCAGUUGGAAUGGCUCGAAAUUAAAAUCAAAAUUUUUUUGAGGUCUUCAAGCAACUUUGAACGCUUUGAGCUGUUCUGAAUGCGUCCAGAGCUUUCAAGGUAGAGGGAACCCUGAAAAUCAGUUGUUUCCAGAGUCUUCCCGGCCUGGGCGGCUAUUCCGAGUGGCAACUCCGUCAAAUGGGAAUCCCGACGGUCAAAGAGUGUUUGGAGCUUUAUUUGAAAUAUUCCGGACUUCCUGAAAUCGACGAGAAACAAUGGGUCUUCUACAUGGCUUUUGUCGUUUUCCGCUUCGCCAGCAUCCUUCAAGGUGAAAAAAUGCUCUAGUGACCACUUGAAAAGUCCCUCAAGGAACACUUGGGGAGGACACUUAAGUGGUCACUAAGGCUACCUCUUGAGAAGCCAAUAACUUGUGUCUUAGUGAUCUAGUAGAACCGCUUAGUCUUCUCAAGGUUAGCCCCUCAAGUGCCCACUUAUUUGACUACUAUAGUGACCACUAAAACCUCAAAACCCUACAAUGACCUUCUAGGCGUCUACUUGCGCUCCCUGCUCAAAAACGCGUCCUCCACUGAAGCAGCCACUUUACGACCUCUGGUGCGACUUUUGGCUUCUUCCGGCCUCCAAAUGGUCCAUGAAGCCGAAUCGACACAAGAAUAUGGCAUCCUUCCCGUUGUUCCAUCCGCUCUGUCGGAAAAAGCCAAGAAAUACUACGAAAUCGUUCGAGACAUCGUUCACAACGAUGUGAUCCCCUUGGAGAAGGAGCUUCUCGAGUUCUUCGAUGGACCGAAUCGAUGGAGUGGCACUCAUCCGAAGAUUGAGGCUUUGAAGGUUGGUUGGAGCAUUUCCAAGUUGACUGGUGUUCGUAGUCAUUUCAGAGCAGUUUUGGGUACCUAGAACUUUUUCGUGUCGAGACCUUUCAGGAAUUUCCCCCAUGCUCCUUUAAUAUAAUCAUCAUUUUUGUUCCCCUGUUUUUCUUUUUUAACCACUAUAAGUUUUUUCUUCAAGAUGGAUUUUGCAGAAAAUUUAAAUUCUGCCAGAUUUAUCGCAAAAAAAGAAAAACUAAAAAUACCUUCCAAACUGUUUUGGAACGUUUUGAAUAGACUAUGAAUAUUUUUUUCACUCUUAUUAAUUUUUCUCUGCACCUUAUUAAGUUUCAAGUUUUCCAGGAAAAAGCCAAGUCAUUGGGCGUCUGGAACUUGUUCAUUUCCGAGCACAUUGAUCCAGAAAGGAAGUAUGGAAAAGGACUGACGAACGUAGAAUAUGCGCACAUUUGUGAGCUCAUGGGAAGAUCCAUUUUCGCUGCUGAGGUCCAUUCGAGAAAAAUGAUGAGAAGAAAUUUGAAUGUUUCAGGUCUUCAAUUGUCAAGCGCCGGACACGGGCAAUAUGGAGGUGCUGAUUAAGUAUGGAAACGAGGAGCAGAAAGAGAGGUUAGAAAAAUAUACAUAAUUUUCCAUUUUCUCGAUUUUCGGUUUUUGCUCACCAUUCUGGUCGGACUCGAACAAAUGAGUUCUUCUUUCGGAAAUAAGAAAUGUAAACUGUUUAGAAUCUGUGCGAAGUUUCAAGACAUUUGAACUAAAUUCAGAGAAGUUAUACUCAAAAAACUUUUGAAGUGUGUACCACGAUUUGGAAUUCCGACGAACGACAUUCCACUGUUCCGCUGCGAGCUCGGCCGCUUUUUAACUUUUAAUUUUUAUUUAAGAACUCGACCACCACGUGUUCCUAGUGGAACAGUCCAUCUAUCAGAAAUGAGAACCAAUUCAAUGCGAGACCAAGGCUCGCAAAGACGCUACGCGACGCAGCGGAACAGCGGAAUGUCGUUCGGGGAAAUUUCAAGUCGUGGCACACAGACUAUACCUUCAUGGCCAGUGCUGUAUUGGGCUGCUUAUGAAGAAUUUUUGAAGAAGCGUUGCGGUUGCGUUGCGUUUUUGAUUAAGUUCCAGCUCACUGUGGGUUUUUUGAAUGAGACUGGGAUCACUAGACGCAGUUUUAUCAUGCUUUUCUCGAAUAUAUUGCUGAGAAUUGGCCUGUUAGGUUUAUUAGGAAAACCAGAGGGGUUAAAGGACAUUUAUAACCGUAACCGACUAGCAUGUCCCUUAUAAGCCGGUAACUGAAGCUGCAUGACCCUUUUUGCAAGCUCCAGUGGCUUUUAUAGGUGGAGGUAAAGUGGUUCCUAGAGGGGAAUCUUCAAGAGCCCUAAACGGACCACUUUGGAGUUAGUAAGCACAAAGUUUAUUUAAAAAAUACAAGAACACUGCAUCUAGUGGUAAUUUAGAAGGUCCUUUGGGCCAAGUUGAAGUUGCGCCCGACCUCUAAAAAACGUUGAAAAGAUCCGAUUCUUCCAGAUGGCUCGUCCCUCUUCUGGAGGGGAAAAUCAAGAGUUGCUUCGCAAUGACUGAACCGGACGUGGCCAGCAGCGAUGCCACGAACAUUCAGGUCAGUCGACCGCGACGCAUCGAGUGACGCGUAGCGGUUCUUGCAGGGGUCUAUUUCGCGCCAUGGAGAUGAGUACAUCAUCAACGCGAGAAAAUGGUUCAUUUCCAAUGCUUCUCAUCCGCUUUGUAAGGUUGCUAUCUUCAUGGGAAGGGUUAUUGGCGAUAUGGUGAGAUAAAACUUGAAAAAAAAAUGUCAAGAAGAUUCCUAGAAAUCAAGGCUAUUCCAACAGUCGAUGAUAUUGGUUCCAAUGGACAGUCCCGGCGUGAAAAUCAUCCGAAAUAUGCAUGUUUUCGGGUCACAAGAUGCUCCAGGUAGGUAUAAAGGAUAGUUUAUUCAACUUUUACGAGGUCUUCAACCCUCAAAAUACUCUGGCUUGUCUGCCCUCUCUUCUUUCUCACCGAAAAAAAAAGAGGCACAGAUUUAGGUACUUUAGAGACAGCCCCUGUAUAAAGUGGUCCCUGUAGGGGUGAAAUCAAGGGGAUUCUUAAAGGGGUUUAGGGUCUGAAAAUUUAGUCCCUAAAGCUUGAGUGGUCCCUAUAGGUAUCCUUCAAUUUUAUCAACAAAAAAAACUAUUUAUUUAGUUUUUCGUAUGGAAAUCCUUCUCCGCAUAGAGUUCAUAAAAAUUAUUGACUAGUAUGUCCCCUAUAGGGACCACUUUUCCAAACGUUAGGGGUUCCUACAGGGGCUGGCAAAGUUCAAGAAGGGACCCUCCAAGGGCCCUUAGCUUGCCUCUAUAGGGACCACUCUGGAGCUCCUAAAGACGGCAGAUUUUUUAAUCAAAGAUUUUUCGAGUCGUGAAAAUUUUUGUGCUUCACCCGAUUCGCCAAGACGGUCUAACUUGUCUGCGCUCUCUUUUCUUUCCCUUCCCUUACUUCUUCAGCCAGAGAAAGGAGAGCAGACAGGCCAGAAAGUUCAAGUCCUCGAAAAUCUCCCACUCCAGGUGGUCAUCCUGAAAUCCUCUUCGAGAACGUCAGAGUCCCCGCAAGCAACGUGAUCCUCGGCGAAGGUCGGGGCUUCGAAAUCGCCCAGGGCCGAUUAGGGCCGGGCCGAAUUCACCACGCCAUGCGACUGAUUGGACACUGUGAAAGAGCGAUUGACGUCAUGAAGGAGAGGGUGAGAUUCGUGCUCAUUAUCACUGAACAGGUGAAGAUUCCAGGUAGCUUAUCGAACCGCCUUUGGCAAGAAGCUGGCUGGGUUCGACUCGAUUCGGAAGGAGAUCGCUCAGUCGAGAUGUGACGUCGAACAAGCUCGACUUCUGGUGCUCAAGGCGGCCCAUAUGAUCGACACAGUUGGAGUCAAGGUGAACUGCGCUCUAUUGGGACAUAGUGAUUAUGAAAGCUUUUCCUGUCACUACCAACAAAAACUCUACUUCAGACGGCCAAGUCGGAGAUCGCGAUGAUCAAAGUCGUCGCGCCAAACGUCACCCUGAAGGUCGUGGACCGUGCCAUGCAAAUGCAAGGGGCGCGCGGUUUCACCGGGGACACGCCCCUUUCAUCGUUCUUCGUCUGGGCUAGAGCACUUCGCAUGGCUGAUGGACCUGAUGAGGUGAGGCUGAACGCUGGGAACUCUGUGGUCGCAUUUGGAAUGGUUCAAAGGAUUGCGGUCCUUAGGAAAAUUGUUCAACCAACCUUGAAGAAAAAAAGCGCUUUUUCAUGAUUUUGAGCUUAAGUGUGUAGUUUUUAGGCUUCAUAUCAGUUCUGAGCGUGUUUAUGAUUCAAAAAAAAAAAACCAAAAAAUUUAAGAAAUCCAUGAAUCUUAGGUUCACCUCGAAACGAUCGCCAAGCACGAGUUGAAGAGUCGACUUUAA